CUGGGGUGCUGCCCCCACAGCUGACCCCUGACCCCCAUCCCGGCUCUCCCCAGCCCUUCACGCAAGGCAGACCUGUCCCUGACCCCACUGAUGUUAGCAAAGGCCCUGGGCCGCAGACCACCCUCUGGAGGACAGGCCCAAGAGGCUCUGCCACCCUGACUCAGUUCUCAGCCAGGAGAAUGCCUGUGCCCCCGUCAGGGUGGAGGAGUUGGGGCCUCUGUCACGGGCUGUGACGCCAGCUGGCCUGAGCCCCCUCCAGCCCUUUCCUCUGGCGCCCCUUCUGCCUGGGGCCCUCUCUGGUCCUUCCCCUCCCACUCCUGCAGGCCCUGCUGAGGCAGCACACCGGGCCAAGGCCAUCCUCUCCCUGCUGCGGGAUGCCUCUCCUGCCCCACCUGCCUGGUCAGCGGCACCGUCUGCCCUGGGGGAGGGCUGAGGCCGUGCCGCUGUGCCUUCUGUCCCCAGCAGGCCUCAGGUCAGCCCAGGGUCUUGGCCACCUGGUGGGCCGUCAUGUGGGUGUGAGGCAGGGGUGGCUCCAUCUCUGCCCGGGUCCUGGCCAGCAUGGGUACCUGCCUUGGGGAUCUUGUGAGUGCCCUGCCUCAGUGCCUGUUGACCGACCCAGUGCCACAGACUCUGUUCAUGGUGAUGUUGAAGGGGUCUCCAACGGGGCUGCCCACCCACGUGGCUGGGGGUCCUCUUCCCCAGUGCCAAAACUGUGCUAGCUCCCACUUUGAGAACCUGUCUGCUUAGCCGUCCACACCAGGGGAAGAGCCAGUCUGUGGACACGAGAAGUUGUGCUUGCUUGAGCUGGCUGUCACUUGAGUUACCAUUUGGUCCAGGCAGCACUCCUGGUCCCCGCCCGGGUCCCCGAGCCUUGGGGUGGGGGUCCAGGGGCUGCUGGCCCAGAGCUUCAGCCCCGAAACCUGGGGGAAGGCUGGAGUCCUGGCUUGCGCUGAGAAGAGGCCUUCUGUGUUUUUCGAUGAAAGAGGUUGAGGCGACCUUGGAUGGAGUAUGCAGGGGUGUGAGGAGCCAUGAGGCCCUGCUGGGCCAGGUGACGGGGGCGGGGCAGUGGUGAGGCUCCCGCUGAGCUGAGCGGGCCCUUAGAUGGCUGAUGCCUCCACUGCUGGGAGGGUGGGCUGGUCUCGGGAGUCUGGGUUCUGAGCCUGCCUUUACUGGUAAGCAGUGGCGUUUAGGGGGCACCCAAGGGUUUGAGGGGACCAUGCAUUCCAGGCUAUAAGGACUACUGAUCAAGGACUUGAUCAAGUACUGAGGGCACUUUGUAAGACCUGCUUUUGUCCCAGGGCCCAGGGCUUUUCCUCAGGAGUGCAGACACUGCCUCCAGCUCCCCCAGGGAAAAGUGUUUUGUUCAAGCAGAGGCCUGACCUACACAGCCUGGGUGCACUGGCCAGGUGAUGACCUAGGGGGCAGGUGCCAACGCCCCCCUUCAGGGCUGUUGCAGAGGGACUUGGCUGGAGAACCCAGCGGGAGGGAGGGCCUUUGUUGAAGCAGGCUUGUGCCGGGAGCUCUUCCUGAGGCUCCUGGGCAGGGGUGUGCAGAGGCCUGCUGGUGAUGGCAGAGUUAGUUCUGUGCCCUCGUGUGGUCCUGUCAUACCUCUGCUGCACAUGGUAAGACCAGCUUGUUCUCAUUGCAGUAUUUUUUGCGGAGGGCGGGUGGCACAAGCUUAUGGGAUCUAGUUCCCCGACCAGGGGUCAAACCUGUGCCCCCUGCAGUGGAAGCACAGUCUUAACCACUGGAUCUCCAGGGAAGUCCCUUUGCCUUAUGUGCUUGAGAAAAUCCAGGCCCAGAAAGGGAGGUGACCAGUCUAUGGUCGUCCUGCCGGUGGCCUGUGGGGUCUGGCCAGUCUGGAGCCCCCUCCCCAACCCUUCCUGUCUCUCAAGUCUUCCUGGCAGGUGGUGGGCAAGCAGCCCAGGCUGGGUGCGGCAGGGGCUGCUCUGUGGAGGGCCCAGGCUCUCCGGGGCUUAGCCCUGGCAGUUGUGUGGGGCACUCCGGCCUGCCCUGACUGGUGCUGUCCAUCAGAGGCUUGGCACACAGCCAGUGCUGGGCUGAGCCCUCUGAAGCCCAACUUCUGGCUGGGCAAGAGGCCCGCUGCCUCAGCCAGGCCUGUGUGCAGAGUCGGGUCUUGCUCGGGGGUCCAGGAGGUCCUGGAUGUGGGGAGGGCUCAAGUGUGGUGACUGCAGACAGACCAGCAGGCAAGUCACCCGUUGUUCCCCCCAGAGAGUGUCCCUCGGGUGGCCAGUAAGGGACCACCCGUGGGUGUUUGCUUCUUCCUCAGCCAGGCCAGCAGCGUUGGUGUGCUGUGUUCCAUCUGAGAGCUGAGCUCUUAGGGCUGGAGGGGCCGUCACCCUGUCUCCUCAGAGGCCAGGAGAGGGCUGGUGCCUGUGUUAGGUCUGGAGGCUCCUGGGGGCUGGACGGGAGCUGGCCUGGAACAGGGUUACUCCUGUAACCCCCGGGUUCUAAGGGGAGGCCUGCAGGUCACCCCGUCUGCUCCCGAGCAGUGGGCUUUCAGGGCAGGGCUGGGAGUGAGCGGUCACACACUGGGCAGCCUUGCGUCACUCACGAGGUCCCUGGACCCCAUCCCGAGUCUCUUACCCUCAGGCCCACGCCCUGGCUGGACCACCAGAGACCAAAAAACUCAGCUGGGCCGGACCCAGCAGCAGCUGUUGCUCUCCACUCAGACCCUUGCGCUCUGCCUGAGGGCAUCUAGAAAUAACGUUGGCCACACAAAGUAUUUUGGGGACCCAGGCCCUGGGGUCUCAGCGUCUGGCCUGGCUCCCUCCCUGAGGUGCUGGGCAGGUGUGUGCUGCCUUGCCGGCACUUCCUCCCGUGAGUCAGCGGUCAAGUUAGCAGGUCCUUUUCGCCUCUCUACCUCUGGAGGCCACAGCAACCGUCUGUGUGGAUGUGGCUCAGUGCAGCCAGGCCCUUGGGCCCACCCGUGCGGGGGCAUGAAGAACGCUCCCGACCUGGGCGGGCGGCAGCAGCCUGUGGUGCCCGGACCCCACUGUCCUCUCCACUCAUCUCUCUGGCUUCUCCACAACUUGGGGUGGACGGAACAGAUUCCUUUUCUGCCCUGACUGUUCUUGGCACCAACCUCACCCCCCACCCUCAGCCAGCCCGCAUAUCCAGAGCAGACCCUGCCAGGCUCCCCCCUCAUCUCACACACUUUAACCUUUCACCUGACUUAAAAAUUGAGAUUUGAGUGCGUCUGAUCUACGGCACUUGUGUGGACCUGAGUUCUGUGUCUGAAGCCUUUGUCCCUGGCCCUCUGUCAGCCCUCAGCACAUAGUCCCCUCACCCACUAGACCCCAAACAUGGCCUGCAGGUGCUGAGAGCUCACUCAGCCUCCUGCAGGCCUCAGCUCCAUGCCUGGACCCUGGAGUGGUGGGAUGGAGGCUAGUGUUCACUGAAGACCCAUCUUUUGUGGGCCUGGCCUGGCAGUAGCCCCAGUCGUCUCAACUGCGUUGCAUCCCACUUGGAGGAGGGUCCUGGGCCCCAGGGAAGCUGGUGGGCACACUGUCCACCUGCUCGUCCUCUGCCCUGGGCAUCUUGCAGGGGAGGAGGGUGCAUGGUGGCGGGGGCACCACACUCCCUCCCAGGCUCAGCGACCACCCAGUGUGCCCCAGAGGACAUGGCUCGUCUGCUCCUGCACCUCUGGUUCCCUUGUGGGACUCUUCUACCCCAACCCUGUGAAUCCCUGCAGACCCAAGCCCACAGCCUGUGUGUGUCAGCGGCACCAAGUGGGUGCUCUGGGGAUGUGUGGAGCACCCUCCCUCAGUGAGGGAGCUGAGCCGCAGCCCGCUGUCCACACACCAGGCCCCCAGGCUGGAGGGGAGGUGGACAACCACAGCGUUUGGGCCUUGGAUCCACAGGCUCAGAAAGGGAGGGGCCAGCUCCGAGGCCAAAAACCAGCAACCCCCUGCAGAUGCACUGCCCUUGUGCCCAGUCCAGACCGAGGGCCUCCCCAUCUGCCCGGGCUGUGCUGCCAGCCGUCAAGAAAGCCGCUGGCAGGAGCCAGCCCCUCGAGGGGGCGGCAACUGCCUUGCCACCUGUGCUGACUCAGGAGGCCAGUGUGGCGGGGCCUGGGUGAGGGCACACCUGCCGAAGGUGGGAAACUCGCCGAGAGCACAUGCUCUCAAGGCGUCCCCGAGUCAGGCUCUGCUGGCGGCAAGGGCCACCUCGAGACCCGCCCUCCCCACGGGGCCAUGUGGGCUCCAGAGGCCAGCCCUGUGCUUGUCAGACCGCUGCCUGCCCGCAGCCCCUGCAGUGUACUAACGGUCACUUGAUGUGCGCUGGCUGUUUUAUCCACCUACUAGCAGAUGCCCGGCUGAAGGAGGAGCAGGCCACGUGCCCCAACUGUCGUUGUGAGAUCAGUAAGAGCCUCUGCUGCCGCAACCUGGCCGUGGAGAAGGCCGUGAGCGAGCUGCCCUCCGAGUGUGGCUUCUGCCUGUGCCAGUUCCCCCGCUCCAUCCUGGAGAGGCACCAGAAAGAGGAGUGCCAGGACAGGGUGACGCAGUGCAAGUACAAGCGCAUCGGCUGCCCGUGGCAUGGCCCUUUUCACGAGCUGACGGUGCACGAGGCUGCCUGUGCCCACCCAACCAAGACAGGCAACGAGCUGAUGGAGAUCUUGGAUGAGAUGGACCAAAGCCACCGCAAGGAGAUGCAGCUCUACAACAGCAUCUUCAGCCUGCUCAGCUUCGAAAAGAUCGGCUAUACAGAGGUCCAGUUCCGGCCAUACCGCACGGACGACUUCAUCACGCGUCUGUACUAUGAGACGCCUCGGUUCACGGUGCUGAACCAGACGUGGGUCCUGAAGGCACGCGUGAACGACUCGGAGCGCAACCCCAACCUUUCGUGCAAGCGCACCCUCUCCUUCCAGCUCCUGCUCAAGAGCAAGGUCACCGCGCCCCUGGAGUGCUCCUUCCUGCUGCUCAAGGGCCCGUAUGACGAUGUGAAGAUCAGCCCCGUCAUCUACCACUUCGUGUUCACCAACGAGAGCAACGAGACGGACUACGUACCGCUGCCCAUCGUCGACUCUGUGGAGUGCAACAAGCUGCUGGCCGCCAAGAACAUCAACCUGCGGCUCUUCCUGUUCCAGAUUCAGAAGUAGGCGGCCCUGCCCACGCCCACUGCCGUGGCUGCACCACACCAUUGCCCAUCUCAGUGGAGAAGGGAUGGAAGCGAACCCUGGGACGUCUGCAUGUGUGUGCGAAGGUGGGAGCCCCCUCGCCCUCUGCCCCACCUCCUCUGUCCUGGGCGCCAGAGGCUGGGCCCCUGAAGAGGAGACACUGCUCGGGGACCCAAGGGGUGUGGCAUGGCUCAGCUGCCUGGCCCCAGCCCCCAGCGUGCAGUGGGCCCCACGCCUGCUCUGGGCUGCACAGCAGGCCACCCACAGCUUCUGGGCCGGGCUUGGGGGCACUGACCACAGACAGCAUAUUUGAUUGCAAUUAAAAAGGCACCCUGUUUCCUA